AUGUGGUUAACCGUGCUAAUCAUCGUAUUAGCAAUAUGCUUGUUCCUAUACCUGGAUACGGUGAAACCGAAAAAUUUCCCUCCCGGGCCAAAAUGGAUCCCGAUCUUCGGCAGCGCCCUAGAAAUAUACCGAAUGCGACAAAAAACAGGGUAUCUUUACAAAGUCUUCAAGCAGAUAUCAGAAAUGUACUGCAAAGAUAGUCCUUUACUAGGGCUUAAAAUAGGUGUAGAUAGAAUCAUAAUGGUAAACGGGUUAGACGCCCACAAGGAAAUGAUGUUCAACGAGGACUGUGACGGAAGACCAAACACUAUCUUUUACACAACAAGAACCUGGGGCUUGAGGAGAGGCGUUCUUCUCUCUGAUGGAGAACUCUGGAAGGAGCAGAGAAGAUUCCUUCUAAAACAUUUAAAGGAAUAUGGUUUCGGACGUAAAGGAAUGGCUGAUAUUGCCAGUUUCGAAGCAGCACAUAUGGUUAAAGAUGUUCGAGCUCUUAUCAAAAGCAAUAAAGAAGGAGGAGUUAUUUACAUGCACAAUUUCUUUAACGUGUACAUUCUGAAUACUCUCUGGUCUAUGCUUGCUGGAUUGAGAUACGAACCGACAGAUCCACAGAUGAUAGUCCUGCAGAAGCUCCUAUCUGAUCUUUUUAGUACAAUAGAUAUGGUCGGGACAGUUUUCAGCCACUUCCCUAUUCUUAGCGUCUUUGCUCCCUCUAUGUCUGGUUACAAAAGCUUUGUGAAAACUCACGAGAGGAUAUGGAAGUUUUUGAGAGAGGAACUGGAGAGGCAUAAGCAGGAUUUCGAUCCUGAGAAGCAGGAUAAGGAUUUUAUGGAUGUUUAUAUCAGAGUUCUGAGGUCUAAGGAGGUUCCAAACACGUAUUCAGAAGGUCAACUGGUGGCCAUAUGUAUGGACAUGUUCAUGGCUGGCACGGAGACGACCAGUAAGAGCAUGAGCUUCGGAUUCAGCUACAUGGUUCGAGACGUGGAAGUUCAGAAGAAGGCUCAGGAGGAGAUUGACCGUGUUGUUGGCACCAGCAGACCGCCGCAUCUGGACGACAGGCUUAAUAUGCCGUACUGCGAAGCGAUAGUCUACGAGAGUGUACGCCAUUUCAUGGGCCGCACGUUCAGUGUGCCUCACCGCACGCUUCGGGAUACUGUGCUCGCCGGCUACAAUAUACCAGGGGACACAAUGGUAGUCGGCAACUUCACAAACAUCCUAAUGGACGAAUCCCUCUUCCCGGACCCCCACUCUUUCAACCCAGACCGUUUCAUCUCCAACGGGAAAAUCGCCGUUCCCGAACAAUACUUCCCCUUCGGUCUAUCUAAGCACCGUUGUAUGGGAGAAGUGCUCGCCAAGUGCGAGAUCUUCGUGCUGACAGCGACUUUGCUGCAGAAUUAUACGUUCUAUCCGAUAGAUGGCGAUAUGCCGUCGUUGGAGCAUAUAGAUGGCGCCACGCCGGCCGCGGCACCGUUCAAUGCAAGAGCGGUGCCUAGGUCGCAUGUGAUUGAGAAAUGGAGUAUUGAGGCCUAAUUGCAAAGAUAAUAUAAGACAAGAUAAAUAUAGUCUAGGAAAAUAACAUGCCCCGGUAACUUUAAGAAAAAUAUAGUUAUGUUCAUUCAGAUGCCGCCAAGUAUAUGGAUGAAAUGAUCAAAAGUGAUAUGAAAAGUUUUAACACUGUCGAGAGAUGGCAGCACGAAUAGUUUCACUACUGAAGAUUUAAUGAAUUGUUACCUACGUUUAAAUAAUAAGUAAACAUACCUUUAAAUUAAGGAUCAAAUAAUUAGGUAAUAUACGAUAUGUUACCAAAACCUUCACUAUUUUAUUUGAACACACCGGAAGGUA